AAAUGAAGUGAAGUAAUGUUUAUAACUUGAAAUGUACCGUGAAUGGCAACUGUAAAAAUCGACUACAGAAAGUUACCUAACCUUCCUCGUAUUCCUCGUGUUAAUAGACAUAAAGAAAAAUGGCUGCUCAGCUUUUUAAUAAUAUUGGAAGACUUGGAUUGGGGCUUGCAAUUGCUGGUGGUGUCGUAAAUUCUGCACUAUAUACAGUUGAUGGAGGUCAUAGAGCUGUAAUAUUUGAUAGAUUUGUUGGAGUUAAACAGAUAAUUGUUGGUGAAGGAACACAUUUUCUGAUCCCCUGGGUUCAGAAGCCAAUCAUUUUUGAUGUCCGAUCAAGACCCAGAAAUAUUCCUGUCAUUACUGGAAGCAAGGAUCUUCAAAAUGUCAACAUUACUCUCAGGAUUUUGUUCCGACCUGUUGCCUCUCAGCUACCUAAAAUCUACCAAACUCUAGGAAAUGAUUAUGAAGAAAGAGUUCUUCCUUCCAUUACUAAUGAAGUAUUAAAAGCUGUAGUUGCACAGUUUGAUGCUAGUGAAAUGAUCACACAGAGAGAACUGGUUUCUCAAAAAGUGUCUGAAGAACUAACUGAAAGAGCAUCUCAGUUUGGCCUUAUUCUAGAUGACAUUUCCAUUACUCAUUUAUCAUUUAGCAAAGAAUUUACAAUGGCUGUUGAAAUGAAACAGGUUGCUCAACAAGAAGCUGAAAGAGCUCGUUUCUUAGUAGAAAAGGCUGAGCAACACAAAAAAGCCACAGUUAUAACAGCUGAAGGUGACACACAAGCUGCAGCACUCUUGGCUAAAGCAUUUGGUGAAUCUGGUGAAGCUCUCGUGGAGUUGCGUCGUCUGGAAGCUGCAGAAGAUAUUGCCUACCAGAUGUCUAAAUCUCGGAACGUUGUCUAUCUGCCAUCAGGGCAAGGAACGUUAUUGCAAUUGCCUCAGUAGAGUUAUCUGAUCUAGGAGCCAUUUCAAAACAAAAUUGAAAGUUUUGUAAUCAUAUGAAAGUUACUAAUCAUGUCAAGAUAUUCAAUAAAUACUGUAGUUUUGUUUAGAAA